AUGGGAUCCUUCCAGAAGGGCAUUUUCCUCGCUCUGUGCGGCAUCGGGUUGAUUCAUGGAGCAGUUGCCUCGUCUACAGCUACGUCUACAUAUAGCCCUAAGCCGAUCGCAACAGGGUACUCCUGUCCUUCCAUUCUUGUUGGCACUGAGGAUACAUGUGACAGCCUAGCGGUCAAGUGUGGUAUCUCGGCAGCAUCGUUCACUUCCCUCAACCCGAAGAUUGCCUGCUCAUCUCUGGUCAAGGGAAAACCUGUAUGCUGUGCUAUAGGGGAGCCUAAAUUCCCACCGAAAACAUGGGAUAAUGCGCUGUGCUAUAGUUAUACUAUCCGCGGUGGGGAUACCUGCGCGAAGAUUGCCGAGGGUUACAAGAUCACCACGGCCAAUAUUGAGACAUGGAAUACCAAUACUACGGCAUGGUACGGGUGCAAUGAUCUACAGGAUGGGGGUCAGGUUUGUCUCAGCGAGGGCGAACCCCCAAUGCCAGUUGCUAUCGGUAAUGCUGUCUGUGGUCCCCAAGUGCCUGGAACAGGACGUCCAAAGAUGUCGUUCAUGAUUCCCUCUUUGAAUCCAUGCCCUGCCGGUCAAUGUUGCUCCAAAAGGGGUCAAUGCGGUACUGGUGCAGACUUUUGUGCUUCAGGUGCACUCGCUGUGCCAGCCUGGUCUGUUGCAUCUGAGCCUUCAGCCAAAGAUGCAUCAGAUACAUCAGAAGUUAAAGCUGCAAAGGCAAGUGGAACUACAUCCGUGAAAGCUUCAUCGACAACAAAAGCUUCAUCGACAACAAAAGCUUCAUCGACAACCAAAGCUAUAUCGACAACCAAAACUACAUCGACAACCAAAGCUACAUCGACAACCAAAGCUACAUCGACAACCAAAGCUACAUCGACAACCAAAGCUACAUCGACAACCAAAGCUACAUCUAGUGGAACUACAGUAUCUUUGGUGGCCAAAUCUUUAUCGACAAAAAACAAGGAUCCACAUUUCUUCACGACAGAUAUACCCUUGAUAGAUGUACCCUUGACAUAUUACCACCCAUCCACGACCGAGUCGCCAUACCCUCUUGUGGGAACCGCAGCUGGCUACCAAGCACUGAAGAUGGUGGCUCAUCACUUCAGCAUACGCCCAAAUUCUACAAGCCCCACCACCGCCACCGAGGCCACGACUACUACAACAAGCAGCAGUACUACCAAGGCCACAUCUAUUGCGACAAGCAAUGAUACCACCAAAACCAAAAGCCAAGUCACCAAAACCGUCAAUGGUGUUGCCACCGUACCCAGCGGGUGGGAGCUGAGGAUGUGGGAUGGGCCCAAUUGCACUGGCAACUAUGUUGUUCUCCAAGGUCACAAUAAGAGAUUGGAGGACAGUGACUGCAUGAAGUUCCGCUACAAGAGUGAGCUCAGCACCAAGGUCGACGACGAAUCUGUAUCGUGUCGUUAUUGGAUGAUACCAAAAAAAGGUAAUUGGCAGUGGAAAGAUUGUCACGGCACUAAUCUGAAUAAACCCGAAUCGUGGAAGAUGUCGAAUGGUCUCUGUACUGUCUCUCCUAAUACGAACUGUGAUCUUGUCAACGACAUUUCCCAGACCUAUGGCUGGCGGGGACCAGGUAAAUGCCAAGAUCGCAAGAGUAUGGAUCCUCCGACGUUUGGAUCGUUCAAGUGUUAUGUUGGAUAG